AAGCAUCCGAAUGAGAAUGAACAGAUGCAAAACAAAUCGUCUUUUGCAAAAUAUAAAAGUGUCAACAGGAUGAAAGGAAGUUGGACGAAAGGCAGGAUAUGACUCCUCGCAUCAAAACGUACUCUUGAAUCGGCGGUCAGCAAGUAGUCUUGAAUUCUCACGCAAUAUAGUCUCAAUGAAGUGGAGGAAAGAGGCGGCUGUCACGAGUACAGACAGAAAAAAGAAUUUUGUGUUGCUAUUGAAAGUCUGACGCCUGAAAACACAGCUUCAUGAUUCUCCGCGAUGCCUCGGUUUGGUGGUUUGGCAUCCUGCUCCUGGCACCCACCGCUGGCGCGUGCGUCAUCCAGCACAGCCACAGCGGAACGACCUCGAUCAGCGCCGGGAUUCCUGGUUCGGUCUAUCUGCUUCCGGGCCAGAACUUCUCCCUGCUGUCUCUGACCUUCGUGAUGGAGAGCAUGGCCGACCAGACGCAGGUUAACAAGACCAUUUUUCUUCAAGCGAAGUCCGUGCGGCUGCCGAACGCGUGGCACAGGAUUGAUAUCUUCCCUCCAAAGAAUAGGUCGGAUUUCCCGCGCACGACGAUCCCGCCCUCGAACGAGACGUGGGCGCUCAUCUGCUGCCGCGGCCACGAGAUCAGGGAGCUGCGCGCCGACACUCGGGGCUUCGCGCUCUGGAGCUACAAGUGUCCCGACAACUCCCUCGGCCAGCUGCUGUUCCCCGACGGCUACUCGCUCCAAGCAAGUUAUGUUACCUUCAUAGUCGCAGCUGUUCUCGUGCUGGUGGCGCUGGCGGUGACGAUGACGGUGCUCGUCAUGCUGAGGCAAAGGCGACUCUGUUUGCCGCCAUCAUCGGACACGCCCCCAGACAGCAGCAGCGCCGACGGAAACGCAGACGACGAAGCGCAGGCCCCGACAGACGCCCCUCGACCGAGGACCUCGACCGCCGCGUCCCGAGGUCCGGCCACCGAGUCGCCUUACCUGUUGCUGACCUCCCCCCCUGCGAUCGACGAGGAUGAGGCAGGUUACGUCAUUCUCAAGUCGAAGCACAGCAGAAGGCGAAGACGACGUCGAUGACGGCGGGUCACUACGCUAAUGUCCAGGGCGCGACAAAUGCUGAGAAUGUGUACGAGGAGCUGAAGCUUUGAGGAUUAGACUUUGGGGAGUGAAGGGAGGAGAUAUUUAGUUGUGUCAGCUGGGUCCUCCUCACCUCUCUCUCUCUCUCUCUCUCUCUCUCUCUCUCUCUCUCU